AUGGGAAAGGCAGGGAUUAUCAAACCAGAGUUGCGUGUUGCCAGACGUGCGGAUCUGGGACGACUCGAUUACGUGGCUCAUGAAGACGUUCUGCCUUACCAUUCGGCCGAAAGUCUGCCGAUCGUCCAUGAGCUGUUCGAAAGGUUUCUGAUCAGCAACGCCGGCAAAGACCCACCGUUCGUGGCUCGCGAAACAUUGCGCGCUUGGCAAGAGAAAAACUAUCCGUGGUUGGAAUUGAGCAGUGUUCAUAAGGAAACUACCGAAGACAUUCGCGUGACGGUCAUCCCGUUUUACAUGGGGUUCCGUGAGGCACAUAACACCUCAGUUUACUGGUGGAGGUACUGCAUACGAUUGGAAAAUCUUGGGAAAGACUCGGUGGUGCUGCGUGAAAGGCACUGGAAAAUCUUUAGCAUCUCCGGAACGCUGGAUACCGUACGUGGCCGCGGGGUGGUCGGUUUGGAACCCGUGUUGUCGCCGUCUGCACCGGCAUUUCAAUACAGUAGUCACGUUUCUCUACACGCUCCCAGUGGUCAUAUGUGGGGCGUUUUCAAAAUGGAACAUUCUGACAGUCGCGUAUUUGAAUGCAGAGUGCCGCCGUUUGCACUAGAGAGCAAAUCCGAACCUAUGGAUGCCGAUUGCGCGAAGUGA